AAUGCAAACACAAACAAAUCGGCUUACGGAUCCUAUGUCUCGUGAAAAUUUAAGAAAAUGUAUUGAAAUCAUCAAAACUUUAAAGCGCCAUUCUCAUACAGCUCCUUUUCUUGAACCCGUGGAUCCGGUGAAAUAUGGAAUCCCCGAUUAUUUUGACAUUAUCAAAAAGCCGAUGGACUUGGGAACAGUUCAUGCGAAGCUAAAUAAAAUAGAGUAUUCAUUUGUCAACGAAUUUAUCAAUGACGUGAAACUCACAUUCUCUAAUUGCACUCUAUACAACGGAGUUGCUCAUCAAUAUUCAAUUUAUGCCAAGCAAUUGAAUGAUGAAUUUGAUGCCUUUAUCUCCAA